AAUUGGGAAACGACAUGGAAUGGAGGGGUUGAGUGGAAUUUAGAAAUGAACCCAAAAAGCUAAGGAGAAAAUAAUAUAAAUAUAUAAAAAAAAUCCAAGUGGAAAAAUGAAGCCGAACAGUUGAUUGCAUUAGCAUCCACGUCGUAUUGGGUAAAGGGACCGUCUUUUACAGAGAAAGUGGUAUUUAUAAUUGGCGAGACGUAACCAAACUUCUCUGUCCACAUUUCUUGUAACUUGCGACUACCCACAAGAACAUAGAUUUCAAAGCCAUGGGGAGGUUGUUCGUGGUGAACCUUGAAGGAAGGAUCUAUAGCUGCAAGCACUGCCGAACCCAUCUUGCUCUUUAUGAGGACAUCGUUUCCAAGUCUUUCCAAUCCAGACAUGGGAAAGCUUACCUCUUCAGUAAAGUAGUGAAUGUUUCUAUUGGAGUGAAAGAAACGAGAAUGAUGAUGACAGGGAUGCAUACCGUUGCUGAUAUCUUCUGUGUUGGGUGUGGAUCAAUUGUGGGAUGGACAUAUGAAACUGCCUUUGAAAAGAGCCAGAAGUACAAAGAAGGGAAGUCGGUACUUGAGCGGUCCAAGGUUUCAGGGCCUGGAGGAACCAGUUACUGGGUCAGUCAUGCUCAUGGCCAUGAAACAGCUCAUGGUGGAGGAAGUGAUGCAGAUGAAGUUUGAUGAUGAUGAAGAAGAUGAAGAUGGUGAAUCAUAUUAUUCCAACUGUACAUUCCACACUUCCAAUGUUCAUAUGCUUCAACUCACUGGUUCUUCAUCUGUCAUUUCUCAUUUCAGCAGCUAACUUGCUGUUUGUAACAGAACAGGAAUCAUUUGACUCUGAUUCUUCUGUAACUUCAUGUUACUGAUUAUUACUUUGCAAUACCCCAUGA